ACUUUCCGAAUGGUCCCUGAAGAGGAGCAGGCUCUCCGAGCAAAACUUGAACAUCUAACUAUUGGAGAUCAUGGGCCAGUAUUUGGAAAAUGUGAAGAAAUUCCUCCACAUACACUGCAAAAGGCUAAAGAUGAGCUGAAUGAAACAGAAGAGAAGCGGUACAAAGCUUUGAAGGAGUUACGCCAGCUAAUACAAGAGAAAGCUGAGAGUGAAGACAGCCUGCGCAAAGACAUAGUCACCAAGAUGAAAGACAAGGAUGACGCUUUCUUCUUAAGGUUUAUUCGAGCAAGAAAAUUUGAUGUCAACAGAGCCUACGAACUUCUUAAAGGGUAUGUGCAUUUUCGUCAGCAGUAUCCAGAACUUUUUGAGAACCUGACACCUGAAGCUGUUCGUAGUACUAUUGAGGCAGGCUAUCCUGGAAUUCUGCCAAGCAGAGACAAGUAUGGGCGCGUGAUCUUGAUUUUCAAGAUUGAGAACUGGGACUACGAAGAGAUCACGUUUGAUGAGAUCUUGCGUGCAUAUUGUGUAAUUCUGGAGAAACUCCUGGAGAAUGAUGAGACACAAAUCAAUGGAUUCUGUAUCAUUGAGAACUUUAAAGGUUUCACUGUGCAACAGGCGUCUGGUAUCAAACCUUCUGAACUUAAAAAAAUGGUGGACAUGUUGCAGGAUUCCUUCCCAGCUCGAUUUAAAGCAGUACACUUCAUCCACCAGCCUUGGUACUUUACAACUACGUAUAAUGUGGUGAAGCCCUUCUUGAAGAGCAAGUUAUUGGAAAGGGUCUAUGUUCAUGGAGAUGAACUAGAGGAGUUCUACAAGGAGAUUGAUGAAGACAUCCUUCCAGCUGACUUUGGGGGUCGCCUCCCCAAUUAUGAUGGCAAAACUACUGCUGAAAAACUCUUUGGACCCUGGAAUGAGACAGAAGAUACCUCCCUUUAAAUGAAACCACUAUACCUUUUAUCUCCAAAUUGCUCAUCAAUCUGUUAUAGAGAAUGGUCAGACUUUGGAGCUUAAAUGCUGUAUUUCUGUGUGAACGAAACCUUGCCCAGCUUCUAGAGUUAUCCCUGUAACAAUAAAACAGACCCAGGACAGUUAGCCAAUGCAUUACUGUACUAACAAGGUGUGUGUGUGUGUGUGUGUGUGUGUGUGUGUGUGUGUGUGUGUGUGUGUGUG